AUGGAUACCGGAAACAUGUGCUGCGAGGUUACAACCCCUCAUGUCGAUCCAUUCUGCGAUUUUGAUUCCUCGACAUCUGCCGUUGCAUCACCAGAUGCCGCGCCUGAAUUACCACCAUUCGUUGUACCACUUGCGUCGCCGCAAGCAGAGGAAGAUAAAAGCCCUCUGUAUACUGAAAUCAACAUACCUCUUCCCGCCUUGCCUACGCCGCCCAAGCACGCACAACAAUCUUUGUCACCACCACCAAAAUCGCGGUCGCGCGCAGUCUCACUCUCGUCACUCUCGCCGUUUCGCCGUAGGAGUUCGUCUAUCUCGUCGUUAGGGGGAAUAAGUGAGGACUGGCCUAGGAUCAGGAAGGAGGUGAAGAACAAGGAGAUUGCUGCGAUGAUGAACCCUAACCACCAGAACAAGCGCAAUCGGAGCGGCACAAUAGAUGCAUUGGCUGUAGUGCCGGCUGUCCUUGUACUGAGCGCAGAGCUUUUCACACCUGGGCAAGAGCGUAGUGAGAAACGCAAGGGCAGCGGAGUCGGUCGGUGGCAGGAUGGCUUAAGAUGA